GAGAGGAUCCUCGCUCGGCGCUCGCGAGUCGCGACCAGGGACGAGAGACUCUCUCUCUUUUCGGGAUUCCGCGAUAAUACUUGAAUACUUGAAAAAGAGCCUCUAAAAAAUCAUCUCGCACGUUGUUCAGUGCCCGAGUGUCCGUUUAACGUUUAUCCAAUUUUCGGGAUUUUUCGAACAUUUGGAUGUUAAAAAAUUGUAUACAUUUAUUAAACGCCAAUGCAUCGAAAUCUCUUCAUUCUAGAGGCGCCUUCGCGAGUAUUCUCGCGAUGUGCGGAUUAAUUACCAAAGGAGUGCUCAUUGAAUUUCGCUAAGUGCAACUUUACUCUUUUUGACCCUCCUUCGGAGUCGGAUCACAAUGGACACGGUCUUGGAGAAAAUGGGGAGGCUGAAUCUGCGGAUUCCCAGCUGCCCGGUUAAGAGUCCGCAGCCCUUGAAGGAGUUCGUCGGUCGCUGCCAGGCGAUGCCGUCUCGCGUCAAGAAGUCCUUCUGCGGUUGUCUUCAGGAUGACGAGCCACCGGAGAUCACCUACUGCGUGGUGGAGCACACGGGUACGCUCACGUUACAAGCGAUGACGCCGACCUUGCCGAUGCCGGCCGAGGAGGAGCUGAACAAGAUGUUCCUGGAGCUGGUGGACGAGCUGGACCUGACCCAGGCCAACAGGCAGGCGGUGCUGGCGUUACCUGCGAACAAGAAAUGGCAGAUAUACUGCUCAAGAAAAGGAAACGGCACUCUGGACGACGGGGGACUGAGGACGACGGACCUCAGCGGCGACCCCGAAGACUACAUCGAAAGGGUGCGGACGAUAGCAAACAGUCCGUUUUCCGAGGAGGGCGAAGAGGUGUCGAACCAGAUGCGGCAGGUGGAGGCGCUGAAGACAGCCCUGAGGACCCAGCCCCAUAGCUUCGUCCUCAGGUUCAUCGAGCUGGAUGGCCUUAAUGCUCUUCUUCAGGUUCUGGGCACCAUGGGCGCCGAAGCCGCGAAUAGCAAUUUGCAUACGAGUGUCAUUGGGUGUCUCAAGGCCUUGAUGAACAAUUCCAAUGGUCGAGCUCACGUGCUGGCUCAUCCCACGGCCAUUAACACGAUCUCGCAGUCGCUGGCGACCGAGAACAUCAAGACGAAGAUAUCCGUGUUGGAGAUCCUGGGCGCGGUCUGUUUAGUCCCAGGAGGUCACCGAAAAGUCCUGGAAGCGAUGCUGCACUUCCAGCAAUACCACUCGGAGCGGACGCGCUUCCAGAGCAUCAUAAACGACCUGGACAAGAACUUCGGGAUCUACAAGGAUAAUUUAUCCCUGAAGACUGCCAUCAUGUCCUUCAUAAACGCCGUGCUGAAUUACGGGCCGGGACAGGUGACCCUGGAAUUUCGGCUGCACCUCAGGUACGAGCUCCUGAUGCUGGGCAUCCAGCCGAUCAUCGAGAAGCUGAGGAAGUACGAGAACGAGACGCUGGACAGGCACUUGGACUUCUUCGAGAUGGUCAGGAACGAGGACGAGAAGGAGCUCGCCAGGAAGUUCGAGAAGGAGCACGUGGACACGAAGAGUGCCACGGCGAUGUUCGACCUCCUGAGGAGGAAGCUCGGCCACACGGCCGCCUAUCCUCAUCUCCUCAGUCUUCUGGAGCACUGCCUUCUGCUGCCCCUGGAUUACGGGUCCUACCCUCAGCACUGGUUGCUGUUCGACCGGAUCGUCCAGCAGAUCGUCCUGCAGUCCGAGGGUAGCGAUCCUGGGAAGACGAGGAACCCCGACGUGGCGCCGAUCGACAUCAACGUCAAGGAAAUCGUCCACCUUCUGGCCAAGGAGGAGGAGCUGGUGGCCGCCAGGAAGAAGGCAGAAGAGCUGGAGAGAGAGAACACGGACAUGUCGACGAGGCUGGCCAAGAAGGAGCAGGAGCUGGACCUCAGGACGCAGGAAAAGGAAGACAUGGAAGCCAGUCUGGCGAGGAUCAAGGAGCGUCUCGAGAAAGAGACCUCGAUGCACAUCGAGACCAAACAAAGGAUCUCGGAGCUGCAGGACACCAUGGAGGCCCUAUCCCGCCAGGUGAACAAUGAGAAGAUGGAGCGGAAACGGCUGGAGCAGUUGGUCGCCUCUGGCAGUCUUCCAGAUGAUGCUAAGGCCACGAUAAAGAUCGUCGAGGAAGAGGUUGUCGAGAAGGUCGAGGCGAAACCUACUCCACCACCGCCGCCACCUCCACCGCUGGCUCCUCCACCUCCACCUUCGCUGAUGCCGGCUGCACCUCCUCCCAUGAAGGUCGAGAUCGUGAAGAACGUGCCCCAGCCGAGCAACCCCCUCAAGUCCUUCAACUGGUCCAAGAUCCCGGAACAGAAGCUGCAGGGCACCAUCUGGUCCGAGCUGGACGACUCGAAGCUGUACAACGUUAUGGACCUCGAGUCCAUCGACAAGAUCUUCUGCGCUUAUCAGAAGAACGGCGUCUCUGCCGAGGGGUCCAUCGAAGAUCUACGGAACCUGGGGAAGAACAAGAAGACCAUGUCGGUCAUCGACUCCAGGAGAGCCCAGAACUGCACGAUCCUGCUCUCGAAGCUGAAGAUGUCCGACAACGAGAUCACCAGGACGAUACUCUCGAUGGACCAGCAGAACAUUCUGCACAUCGACAUGGUCGAACAGCUACUCAAAUACAUUCCAUCCUCGGAAGAGGCUGCUCUCCUGGACAUGCACCAGAAGGACCUGCAGAGCAGAGCGGACUGCUUCCUUUAUCAAAUUUCUAAGGUACCUCACUACGAGCAGAGGCUGAGGUCUUUGCACUACAAGAAGAAAUUCGCAGCGAGCAUCGCGGAAUUGACCCCAAGGAUGCGAGCUGUCCUGGAGGCCAGCAGACAAGUGGCCAGGUCCAGACGACUCCGGAAGCUUCUGGAACUCGUUUUGGCCUUAGGGAAUUAUGUAAAUCGCGGAAACGCUCGCGGAAACGCCUGCGGCUUCAGACUGGCCUCGCUGAACCGCCUGGUGGAUACCAAGUCUUCCUGCUCGAAGGGCACCACGCUGUUGCACUAUCUCGUCCAGAUCCUGGAAUCCCGCUUCAGGGAAGUCCUCGACAUCGAGGAGGACAUGCCGCACGUGAGGACAGCUGCCAGGGUCAGCAUGGCCGACCUCCAGAAAGAGGUGGCGAACCUGAAGAACGGCCUGCAAGACGUUCAGAGGGAAAUCGAAUUCCAUCGAGGACAGUCGCAGGUGCUUCAAGGGGACAUGUUCUUGCCGGCCAUGAGGGAUUUCCAAGCGCAAGCUACCUGUAGACUGGCAGAAGCCGAGGAUCUCUUCCAGGACAUGAAGACGAGAUUCGACCGAGCCGUAAGACUAUUCGGCGAGGACUCCGCAGGAGUUCAGCCGGACGAGUUCUUCGGGAUCUUCGAGAACUUCCUUCAGGCCCUUGCCGAGGCUCGGCAGGACGUGGAGAACAUGAGGAGGAAGGUCGAGGAAGAGGAACGUAGAGCGAAGCAAGAGCAAGAGCUGAAGAAGAGGACGAUGGAGAGGAAGAACUCGAGGGAGGGAAUCCUGAACAGCAUCUCGCUGAGCAAGAAGAACGAGGCGAAUGGCAACGGCCAGGGAGACAAUAAAGGCGAAUUCGACGAUUUGAUCUCAGCCUUGAGGACUGGCGACGUUUUUGGCGAAGACAUUGCCAAGUUCAAGCGAUCCAAGCGUCGUCCUGUGACGCCGAGCAGUCAGGACCCCCGAAGACACAGCAUCCACCGCGAGGACUCCAGAGAAAGACACUAGGAAGCUCCCCUCACGUAGAAUCAAAAGAGGAACGUUUACUCGUAGAGUUUCUGAAGAACCUUCGAAGGACGUCCACCAUCGGACCGGCCUACCGACCACGAAGAGCAACCAGCUCCCACUACGGAAAACCGAUGGUGGACUCUUUGAGGUUUCCUUGCUCCAAGACUGGAAGGACAUUUUCGAGUGCCAAGGAUUAAGAAGUAUACACCCUGAGUUCCGGUCGACCUGGAGCUCUUCCGGCCCUCUUCAGGGGCCUCUUAUGGAAUUGUUUCCCCUCCACCGUACCUGGUGGAAUGUCAAGUUCCUCUUUACUUUGUAUUUCUCAGAUACGACGGGCACUUUGAAGGACCUGGAUCGGCUUCCAGCUCGAGAGGAACCCAGAACGCUUAUAUGAUAGGUAGACUCGGGGUCGCGGUCCCUUGUAGAAACAGAAAAUAGAGAGGAAUCUACGCUGAUAUCGAUAUCUCGUCCAUAGACUGGAGUUCCGAUUCGCUGAUAGAGAUCCGCUAGUUGUCGAUAGUCUACAGAAAUCUUCAUUCCAAACUCGUCACUCGACCGCGACUCCCGAGGAGGAAACACCUUACGUGAUACUUUGUGUUGUACAUAGACCCACUAUACAUAUUGUAUUUUUCUUUCCUGCAUUCGCAAAGUCACUUUUUUUCUUUUCUUUCCUUUAGACCAAUCGGUGCCGAUUGGGGCAAUCACGGAGUACAUCGGUUAACGUAAUGUCGGAUAAAAAUGAAACGAGGACCACGUCUACGAGCAAGUAGAUUAUUUAGAGCAUCGAUGAGACCGUUUCCCGAUUUGCUUCGUUAAUACUUUUCCUUUUCUUUUUCUUUCCACACUUCCCGUCUCAUUAGGAUGGCCCAAGAAAAGACCUACUACUGGUGAUAUACUAACGAGGGACGAAGUCUGAUUUUCACUUAGGGGAGAUCAUUCGAUCUUGAUAGGGACGUCUCGGGAUUUAUCGCGAGUUCGGAAGGAUUCACCUAAUUUAUCGGUGUGUAGAUCGGGAGGGCGAAUAGGACGGAAGGUAUAUAUUCACUGUAUAGAGGUCGUUGUUUUGUACGCUUUUUGUACUUUUGUAAAUAACCAGUAUCGAUGUCGCGUAUCUGUAGAGGAGGAGAACACUUAAGAGGGAAUCUUUGUCCGAUUAAUAUAUUGCUAUACGAUAUCCUAUGUAUUAAUAUAUGAAGAAAUAUAUAUCCGAAAAUACCUUUCUA